AUGACGCCCGAUGCCGUUCGUCCCCGGGACAAUUCCAUCGAGCUCACGGCAGACCAAGAUCUUCUCGCCGGGCUAUGGCAAGAAGCGCCAUUUGCACGUCUGCCGGCCGACGCGCCCCCUGACCUCAAGACCUAUGUUCAGAACGUUGAGAACCCAGCGCGAGUCUAUGCGAUCCAUCAAGCAAGUCGCCGCCAUGGUUUUCAACUUCUUGUGGAGAGAUACAUCUUGCAACUUCGAUCAGGUUGUGAAAAUGUCAAUUGUGCAACUCCCAGUUGCUUCACAUGCAGGCGCCGCUUGGCAGGCCGAGCGCCUGUCCGAAGAUACAACACGACAAGCGCCAGGACAUUGGCGAUAUAUUUAGCAAGUCAGGACGACCCGGAGAAAGGAUUGUGUCCGUUCCUCCGUAAAUCUCGCGAACCGCCGGCGGCUUUUGGCAACUUAAUAUUCUCCGCGCGGUCAUCCUCGUCUUCCCAUCCCGACCAUAACAGAGCCAGCGUUGCCACCUCGCCAAGUGCACGCAAGGAACGGAACUCUAGACCACAAGCACUCUCGUCAUCAUCCCAAGAGUGCCUUGCUUCCCCAACAAACUACCUAAGCGACCCAGUCUCUCCGAUCCAGAACGCAAGUAGACCAGCCGCAGCAUGCACACCACACUCAAAACACCGCGAUUUGGUCUCUCAGAUCCGUGUAAUCGAGGCGCCCAUGAGUAAAGAUCACCGCUCAUUUGCCGCGAAUCUCUUUGGAACUGUCACUUUUAAGAUGCUCGAAUGGGUUGACACCGCGAAGUGUCGCUGCAAUGGCGACCAAAAUCAAUAA